GUGCCAAGCUUUCCAAAAAGGGACUGAGUGUGCAUCCUGCCAGGCUGCCCUCAGUUCAACUGCUCCGGGGCAGAGGUCUGUGCCACCUCCAGGACAUCACAUCUCUGUAUGGAGACAGAAUCCUCAGCUGUGCCAUUGCAGGUGGCUGUCGGGAAGAUCAUGAAAUCCUUCAUCUGAGAACAAAACUGACCUGCAGGCUCCGCAGCUGCCAGGGCCACAGGAAUCUGCUCGCCUUCCCCGGAAUCUGGGCAUUCCUCUGCACCCAUCUGGGGCUGCUCUGCACGUUGUCACUCAAGGCCAGGCACGCCCCCUCCGAGAGGCUAUUUAAGGAGAAGCUGAUGUGCAACUUUCUCCAAGGAGAGACGAGAAAUCCCGAAGAAGAAGGCAGUGCGUGGGUCGGCGGGCUGAGUGCCUCCCUUCCCUCACUCGGGAUGUCUGGCAGCACAGGGACAGCUGCCCACACUCUGCUUCUUCUGCUCCUUGCCCCUGUCUGGGUAGGAGCCCAGGGCUGCACGUUCCCAUGCCAGUGUCCCUCCCAGCCCCUGCAGUGUCCCGCUGGCACCAGCCACGUGUUGGACGCCUGCGGCUGCUGCAAAGUGUGCGCCCGGCAGCUGGGCGAGCUGUGCUCCCUGCAGAAGCCCUGUGACCACCACAAGGGACUCUACUGCGACUUCUCCAGUAUCCACAGAGGCAGUGGGAUCUGCUUAGCUCGCGAGGGCGCGACGUGUGACCUUCUGGGCAAGGUGUACCACAACGGGGAGAGCUUCCAGCCCACCUGCAAGCUGCAGUGCAUCUGCCUGGAUGGGGCCAUUGGCUGCAUCCCGCUGUGCUCGGCCGACCUGCGCCUGCCGUCUCCUGACUGCCCCCACCCGCGGAGGGUGAAGAUGCACAACAAGUGCUGUGAGGAGUGGGUCUGUGAGGAGGGCGGCCAGGAGGACCGCUUAGAAACCGUCCUGGCAGUUUUCAGGGAGGAUCCCGAGCGCGAGCCGGAGCUGAACAACCUGCAGGAGAACUGCUUGGUGCAGACCACCGAGUGGAGCGCGUGCUCCAAGAGCUGCGGUAUGGGCAUCUCUGCCCGGGUCACCAACAACAACCCCCAGUGCCACCUGGAGAAAGAGACGCGGCUCUGCAUGGUGCGGCCCUGUGACUUCCCCUGGGAGAAGGCCAAGAAGGGGAAGAAAUGUGUGCGCACCCCCAGGCCCUGCCGGCGCCUUCUCUUCGAGUUUUCAGGCUGCACCAGCACCCGCUCCUACAGGCCCAAGUUCUGUGGCAGCUGCGUGGACGGGCGCUGCUGCACCCCAUACAUCACCAGCACUGCUGAGGUGGAGUUCCGCUGCCCCGAGGGGGACUCCUUCCAGAGGAAGAUGAUGUUCAUCAAGUCGUGCUCCUGCCACUACGACUGCCCCCGCGACAACGACAUCUUCCUGGCCACCUACCACAGGAGGAUGAUCGGGGACCACGUCAAAACAGACAGGCAGUAGCCCUCUGUGUGGCAGACCCACGGGACAGGGUGACACAAAGGCUCUGCAGUGUUCUCAUGGCUGCAUUCUGGGGCAUCGCUGCCUCUCCCUGCUCUGUGAGGGGCCGUGUUCUUCACCAUGGCACCGCUCGCCUCCUACGCUCCUGGUGGCCUCGUUAAUACAGUGGAUGAGGGAUCAGCCCCAUCUGUGCCACGCUGCUGACCGACAGCACACAUCUGUGCAGAGCUCAGCAGAGCAGCUGGGAGCUGCCACCUUGAUCUGUUCUCCCAUAGACUGGGUGGGAGAGCGGACUAAAGCCAUUUGGCUCCGGCCUGGCUGCAGAGAGAGCGCAGUGGGCACAGCACCCUGUGCCAUUCAGCUGCCCACACCAUGCAGGCAGCCCAGAGAAUGGGGCAGGGGAAGCCCAGGAGGUCAGAGGCAGCAAGCACUGCCAGCCCAUUGCCAGCAGCGUGGGGCUCUGGUGUGUGCUGCUGCAAAGCGUCUCAAUGAGGAAAGUGCUGAGGCCCCAUGCUGAGCUCCCACUGAACCUUUUAAUUAUUUUUGGUUAAUUAAAUCCAUCAAGUCAGCAAAAGCUCUCCCCACCGCCGUGGCCACCCUUUGCCCCGCUUCACGCUUUCCAACAGCAGCUCUUUGCUCCUGGAGGGGCCGGGAUGCCCUAUUCUCUGCACAGCUCAAGGCUGUCUUUUCUUUUUACAUUUAAACUCCUUUUAGCCUCGUGUGCAGUGAGGACGGCAGCAAAGCCAGAGGCAUAAGGAGGCUGUGAGGUGUCACUGCAGGAACACUGCCGUCCUUCAGAGCCUGGGAGGGUCCUUCAGAGAGGAGGAGACCCAACCGGGUGUAGUUUCCUCCUUCAGAUCCAAGGAGCAUUUCUGGUGUGGAGCGGGGAAUAGAAGGUGUCCCCAUGGCAGCGUCAGUGCAGUGACCGCGUCCCGUUGUCCCCUUUGUAGUCCCUUCAGAAGCAGCCCUGCAGGAGCUGUGCUUUGGCUCACGCAGGGCAGAGCCCGGCCUCGCGUGCCUUCCGUCCUCCCCACCCCUCUCCUCAUCCCCACUGCUGCAGCCCAGCGGGAUUCCGGGCCGUGCCGCAGCGCUCAGCCCUUCUCCAUCCCCACUCCCGUCCCAAAGCAAAGCUGUGGGUCCGGGCUGAUCCAAACCCAGCAGCUGUUGGCCCUCUGCAGCCCCCAUCAGCCCGCUGUGUAUCACUGCAAACUGUAAAUGAUCCGACGGUUUCUGACGUUCUUUUUUCAGAGGUCUUUGUACGGUUUUGUAUCCUAACCCCACUCGGGGCGGUUCCGGGUUGCAGAUUCUCCUCUUUGCCCCCCAGCUCAGUGCGGGGCUUUUCUCAUCACUUUAUGCGUUCCGAGCGCCGAACUCAGCUGAGGUCGCGCUUUACCCCGCGCCAAUAAACCUCUUUAUUUUCUGUCUCC